GCAGAAGGCAAUGGCAUUUAUUCUUGUCUGAAUGUAAUGUCACACAAGUCUUUGUGCAGACAGAGCUGCAAUGUCAGUCAACUCCACUCUCACCACUUUUACCACACUUGUUCUCACUCUCUUUCCACCGAACUUCCUUCAACCCAAUAUUCUCUUUCAGACACUUCCAUUCCUUUAUUAUUCUCUUCUUCCUGUCAUUCCCAUGUUUUGCUCUUCAACCCCAAUACUCACGCAUCAAAUAAAAUAUACACUCACACAUUCCUAAUAGAUAGAGACAUACUCACAUACAUGAUAUUUUAAAAGUGAAGAAUAAUCACAGUUCAAAACUCACUACUAAACACUGCUGAAAACAUGAGCAGGUAUGAGUACACCCUCACAUCUUUCCUUUGUAUUUUGUUUCUCUUUUGUUUCUGUCCUCUGGUGUUGUCCCUGCUAUCUCAAAGCCAAACAGACAUCAUGAUCAAACUAUCGAAAAAUCCUGAAUUUUCUGGUCAAUGGAGUGGCUCAAACCCAUGUGCAUGGAAGGGAGUGACUUGUGACCCUACCAAUUCCUCAGUAAGAGAGAUUUCUCUAUCUGGGUUUGGACUCUCUUCCUCCAACUUUCUUCUUGUUUGUAAAAUUGAAACUUUGGAGCAUCUUGAUGUCUCCAAUAACCGUUUGAGCUCAAUCCCUGAAGAUUUCUUCACUGAGUGUGGAAAGAUUAAGGGGUUGAAGCUGCUGAAUUUCACUGGAAACAAGUUAAGGGGUGCUUUUCCUACUUUCAAUGGUUUUGAUGGAUUGGAAUCCCUGGAUAUGUCUUUCAAUCAGUUGGAAGGGAAUAUUGGUUUACAGUUAGAUGGGUUGGUUAGUCUCAAGAGUUUGAAUCUUAGUUUCAAUUUCUUCAUGGGCUCUCUCCCUACUAAACUGGGAAAGUCCAUGGUUUUGGAACAGCUUGUGCUUUCUGGCAAUUACUUUCAUGGAAAAAUCCCUGAUGAUUUAUUGAGUUAUGAAAAUUUGACUGGGAUUGAUUUUAGGGGAAAUAAUAUUUCUGGUACUAUUCAUAGCAAUAUUGGGAAGCUAUCUAAAUUGGAAACUUUGAUCCUUUCUUCUAAUAACCUCGCUGGUGAAAUUCCACCAUCACUUAUGGACAUCACUAAACUUACUAGAUUUGCGGCAAAUCUGAAUCAUUUCAAUGGUUCUGUACCUCCUGGGAUUACUAAAUAUCUCACUAGUUUGGAUCUUAGUUAUAAUCAAUUGUCUGGCUCCAUUCCUGAAGGUCUUUUAUCUCCACAACAAUUGCAGGUUGUAGAUUUGUCCAAUAACAAUUUAACAGGGUCAUUACCUUCUAAAGUUUCUCCUAGUUUGAUCAGGUUGAGGUUUGGGGGCAAUCUUCUGAGGGGAAAUAUUCCUUCAGAUGCUUUUUCAACAGCUCAAAAUUUGACCUACUUGGAGCUGAACAACAAUGAGUUAACGGGAUCGAUACCGGUUGAGUUGGGUUCUUGCAAGAAGUUGGCAUUGUUGAAUUUAGCUGAGAACCAGUUGAGUGAUGUAUUGCCACCCUGGCUUGGUGAUCUAAACAAUCUUCAAGUCUUGAAGCUUGAAAUGAACAACCUUAAUGGUACAAUCCCAAUUGAAAUUGGUCAACUUCAGAAGUUAUCAACAUUGAAUUUGAGCUGGAAUUCUCUGAGUGGAUCAAUUCCAUCUGAGAUUUCAAAUUUGAGCAGUCUGGCUUUCCUUUACUUACAAAGCAACAAUCUGCGUGGUUUUAUACCAACAUCCAUUGACAAGUUGAAAUUACUUAUAGAACUCCAACUUGGGGAAAACCAGCUAGGUGGUGUGAUCCCAAACAUGCCAUUGAGUUUGCAGGCUUCGCUGAAUCUUAGUAGCAACCGCUUUAGUGGUUCUAUUCCUAGCAGUUUAAGUAAUUUAAAUAACUUGGAAGUCUUGGAUCUCUCAAAUAACAAAUUUUCUGGUGAAAUUCCUGAGGAUUUAACCCGAAUGUCGGCUUUGACUCAAUUUUUAAUUUCUAACAAUCAACUUACUGGUGUCAUUCCGAAAUUUAGUGGUCAUGUUAUCAUUGAUUUUAAAGGAAAUCCAAAUCUGUCAAUGAAUACUACUACACCGGACAGCCCAACACCCUACUCAAGCUCUGCAAAGAAGGGAAUAUCUGUUGCUGUGGCAAUUUUGAUUGCAAUUGUAGCAGCUAUUUUUAUUGUUGGCAUUGUCACUCUGCUUGUUGUGUCAGUGUCACGACACUAUUACAGGGUUAACGACGAGCAUUUACCGUCGGGAGAAGAUCAUCACAAUCCUCAGGUCAUCCAAAGUAAUUUAUUGACCCCUAAUGGAAUCCACAGAUCAAGCAUUGACUUCUCCAAAGCCAUGGAAGCCGUAGCUGAAACAUCAAAUGUUACUCUGAAAACAAGGUUUUCAACUUAUUAUAAAGCCAUCAUGCCAUCUGGAUCAACCUAUUUCGUCAAGAAACUGAACUGGUCUGACAAGAUAUUGCCCGUGGGAACUCAUGAUAAAUUCGGGAAAGAACUAGAGGUGUUGGCAAAAUUGAACAAUUCAAAUGUCAUGACCCCUUUGGCCUAUGUUCUGUCUACUGACACUGCUUAUAUACUGUAUGAAUAUGUCUCAAAUGGCUCCCUCUUUGAUGUUCUUCAUGGAAGCAUGGAAAACUCUUUGGAUUGGGCUAGCAGAUAUAGUAUAGCUGUUGGGGUGGCUCAAGGACUUUCUUUUCUCCAUGGAUUUGCCUCUAGUCCAAUACUUCUCCUUGACCUAUCGAGUAAAAGUAUUAUGCUCAAGUCCCUCAAGGAGCCUCUAGUUGGGGAUAUUGAACACUACAAGGUGAUUGAUCCCUCAAAAAGUACAGGGAAUUUUUCUGCCGUUGCUGGUUCUGUUGGUUAUAUUCCACCAGAGUAUGCAUACACAAUGACAGUAACAAUGGCUGGGAAUGUCUACAGCUUUGGUGUCAUUCUGCUUGAACUGCUGACAGGAAAACCUGCGGUGACCGAGGGAACGGAAUUGGUCAAAUGGGUUUUGCGUUACUCAACAAACCAGGAUUACAUUCUUGAUCUUAAUGUCAGUAGAACAUCACAAGCUGUCAGAAACCAAAUGCUUGCAAUGCUCAAGAUUGCUCUUGUUUGUGUUAGCACAUCCCCAGAAACAAGACCAAAGAUGAAGAGCGUUCUAAGGAUGCUCCUCAAUGCUAGAUGAAGUCAUAUUCUUCUGGGUUGGAAUAAAUCUUCAAAAGAGAUUUUUUGUUUUGUUUUGUUUUGGCUUACUUUGGUUUUAUUAUGGGGUUUUCGAAUAUAUGAUAGGGAUACUUCUAUUGUGUUAACAGUGACAUUGUACAGUAAAUCAGUUUGUUAGUACUCAGUAGUAGACAUUUAUAAAAUAGGUUUAAUGUUCCUAUUGUAGCUUAUUUUAGAAGAAUAGUGACUUAAUUAUUAAUUUGUUAUACACAACGUUUAAAUAUUCUGAUAAAUGUUUUUAUUUUUAUUUUAUUUCGCCAACUUUU